AUGAAAAAUAUGGAGACCAUCGCGGUAGAUCCAGACUUGUACCCUCCUGAGUGUGCUUAUAGCCCCGAUGACUGGCACUCGGAGACAACCUCGAUUAAAUCAUCAAUAUAUCGUGGGUUGAUGGACAAUGGGAGGCGGUUAGAUCACUUGGUGAUAUCUGACAAGAGAAUAGAUAUCAAUCCCUUUCAAACAAAGAAUAUUGGUAUGCGGUUGAAAUGUCACACAAGAACAUACAUAUACUCAUUUCUUGAUAGUGUCCCGUCUGACGAGCAACAAUUUGAGACCUAUGAGGCAGGACAUAUCGUGGAUCUCAUCAUGGAUUCGGAUCAACCCAAUCCACUGUUUCGGUCACCGAUCGGGACCGACCGAGAACGCCCACUACAGGUUCUCGAUAUUGGAACCGGAAAGGGCACUUGGGCCAUGUACGCCGGACUGUUCCGACCCCAGUGA